UCCUCCUGCGCGUCUGGAAACAACAACAGUCGGAGCUGCUGAUCACAUGUGUGCGUUCGGUCUGCGGUCACAUGUAGCUCCGGCACCGACACCGAGCAGCAGGCAGCAGCGGCACUCCGUCACCCCGCUGUCGGCGUCCAGGACGCGGCGACCCCCGCUCAGCUCCACCGGCUCCAGCCGCCGAUCCGUGCGCUCAACAUAUGGUUCUGCUCCGGCACAUCUCCAUCGCCCUGACCGCCGCCGUGGCUGCCCUGGGCUCCGCGCUCUUCAUCGCCCUCAACUACUUCUACAAGAGGCGAAUAUGGUCUCCACAGGCGGAGUACUGCACCAUCAAAGAGGAGGAGGAAGAACGAGGGAAGCGUCAGGUCCUGGUUCUGGGUCUGGAUGGCGCUGGGAAGAGCAGCAUGCUGCAGGGUUUGACCCCUGGGGAGGCUAAGAGGGGCCGCUGUCGACCCACCCGGGGCUUUAACUUCAUGAGCCUGGACGCACCGGCCUGCCAGCUGGACUUCCUGGAGAUCGGUGGUGGUGAGGAUCUGAGGCGCUACUGGAUGGACUACCUGAGGAGGACUCACGUUCUGGUCUACGUUGUGGAUUCGUCGGACAGAAGUCGCCUCCCAUUGGCUAAAGCUGAGCUGCACCGCCUCCUGAGGGUGGAGCCUCAGCUGCCGGUGGUCGUCCUGGGCAACAAACAGGACAAACCGAACGCCGUCAGCGUGUCGGAGCUCCAUGAAGCCUUGUCUCUGAGCUCCGUGACCGAGGACAGGAAGGUGUUUCUUCUGGCUGCCCAGCUGGACUCUGAUGGAGCCCUGAGGAGGUCCUGCCAUGGCCUGGAUACCGUCCAGGACCUCCUCCUCCAGCUGGUCUGAUCCCACAGAGCCGACGAGGAGGAGGAUGGAGGCAAAGGGAUGAUUGCUUUAGAAUGUCCUCCUCGUCUUCGUUGGAGGAGACGGUGAAGACACAGUGGAAGUUUUCCAGUUUCUCCUGUUCAGACUACGUUGGUUUGUUUUAGAAAUAGCACUCGUGAAAACACCUUCUCACAUUUCACCUCGUCCUACUCAGCGGAGAAGAGGAGGACAGAAGGACUAAAGUUAGUUCAUGACUCAAAGAUCCGGAGCUCAGCUGCUGCCAGUGAUUCAGACUGAAUGUUAACGUCCACAGCAGGUAGUUCAUACUGUACAUAUGUGUUCUACGUCAGGUCUGUAGGUACAGAUACAGAGUCUGGUCUGUUGGAGUCCGCCGAGCAGAACCACGGCGACGUUCAGGGCUUCAGGAGAUAAUUGAAUUAAUAAUAAUCUAAUUCUGAGCUUUACGAGGAAACAUGAUUUCUAGUUUCAAAGUAUCCCAUCAGAAAAAGUUAAAUGAAACGUCAUGAUGCAAAAACAGAAAUCACAAAAAUGUUGGUAUACUCGGUUGAGGUGGUGAUGGAAGCAACUUUCCAAAUAAGUUUGGAUUUCCCAUUCUUUCAUUUUCUUUGUCUUCAAAUCGCACCAAAUAUAGCCAAUACCACUCCACAAGAAAGUAUAACUACAACUUCCCCAAUUAAAGACAGUUCUCUUGAUUCCUCUCUCGUAGAUGGUUAAAGUUCUUCGCUUUCUUCUUAUUUUCGGCUCCAUCUGCUCUGUUUUUUAACAGCCAUGUAGCCGAAACCACCGUCUUCUGUUGACAGCUGAGUUUAUUCGCUCCACAGCUUUUAUUUAAUUGAAACGAAUAACUUUCUUUAUCGUCACAUUUUAAAAGUUUUGUGUAAAUUUACUUGACAGUUAUGAGGAAACACAGCUACUGAUGGUUUUCUGAGAUCUGGUAGAACUGUCUUUGAGAAUUUUUGAGCUGUGAGACGAACCUUCGACUACAAUUUUCCAAUAAUUUGCAUACAAUUAGCUGCAGAAACAAUAUGACUCCCCUGUUGCGUCCAUUGAAAUAUUAAAGCAUUCCAGGACAUAAAGGGGUCCAAUGACAUCUUAUUGAAGCCUAGUGGCUGCCAUGAGUCCAGAUGGAACUCUCAAACCAGUAAUAUGUCAAUUCUUCUUUUGCCGUUUUUAAAAUACUACUGAACUUUGGCUGAAGUUUUCUUUUAACUAGCUUAAUAACUCUUUGCAGGUUGGGCAGAUGUGGUUGUCGAUCCUGCAGCUCGUGUAACUGCACUAAGCUCUUAAGUACUGCUAAAUAUUUACGAGAUGUGAUCAAACAUUUCUGAGAUAAACAAUCUAAAUUUGUACCUGAUUCUGAUUUAAAUUCAGCCUUGUGUCAUCGUGCAGUGAUGCUCUGCUCUCAGUGCUCCUGCAGCACUCCCAUCUGUAUUGAAUCUCCUAAAUCACAAGACGUAAGAAUUCAAUACCAUCAGUGGUGGAAAGUAACCAUUUACUCAAGUUCUGUACUGGAGUACAAUUAAGGUACUUGUACUUGAGUGUUUCCAAACUGCACUACAAAUCAGAGGCAAAUAUUGUACUUUUUACUGCACUAUAUGUAUUUAAAAACUGUAGUUACUUUGCAGAUUUAUUUUAGUAAUACUACAUAUCAUCAAUAAAUGAAUUAUGAUGGAAUAUUAGAAUAUAUGAUACUCUACUCAGCAGAUAAACUAGAUUAAGUGGUUAAAUCAUAUUUACCAGCUUCAGUGUUAAAGUAACAAACACAUUAAUACUUCAGUACCUGUAAACCAACAAUAUAAAAUAUUCUGCAUAUAAGUACAUUUGCUUUUGGUACUUUGAGUGUAUUUUUGCUGUUAAAACUACUUUUGUACUUUGGUAUAAAUUUCACCGUGUGACUUUUACCUCUAGCAAAGUAUUUCUACAGUGUAGUACUGGUACUUUUACUUGAGUACAAGAUCCAAGUACUUUUUCCACCACUUAAUAAUGGUAGCAGACUUUUAUUAAGCUAGUUAAAAGCAAAGUUUAACCCAGUUUAGUUAAAGAUAAACUCGCGUUUUAGUCCCACCUAAAACUAAUAAAAAAUGUGACAUUCUCUGUAAUGUAAAUGCAAACAUCAUCGGCGUAGAAAAUCACUGUCAGCAUUAUUAUUCUAAAAAAUGUGAAGCUUGUGAUUGUAACACACACUAGAUUUUUUUUUAAAUAAGGUAAUGAGAUUAUUUAAACGCUGUGUUUUGUUGAAAGCAUUUUUUUAUGCUUGUAUUUUAUUUUUGAGUGUGUAAGUGGAAAUUUUGUUCUGUUUUCAAUACUGAAUUGAAUUAUCAGUACCAAGAAUAACUGUGUUUUGAGCCCCGACACUCCCAACCUGUGUAGAAAACAGUAAAACACAUCCUCGAAUGUAGAAACGCAGUUGUGAAUUGAGUUUACAGCUAUGUGUUUGGAAAAACUGGAAUUGUUAUUAUUAGUAUUAUGUGCAGCAAAGUUUACAAAUUGACGCACAAUUUCUUUAAUGAAUGUGAAGUUUUAUUCUUUAUUCUUUCAAUCUUUAUUCUUUAAAUGUUUUCACUUUAGACAAGUGUUCAGUGGACUGUUGUGUGUUUUUAUGUCCAGUGAUUCUUGUUUUCAUGUGCACUGUUGGUUAUGAACUCAUGCAUGUCUUCAUGUUUUUGUAGCUCUUUUAAAGAACUUAAGCGGCAAUUUCUUAAAUGGAAAACUGGAUUAUUAAGUCUGUAUGUGUUUUUCUUAAAACAAUAGAAGAAAAUCUGUAACCAAAGUGAGAUAAAGUCUCUUUCAGUUUCA